UUCUUUCCCUAUGCACCAAUAAGCCAUAAGCUCUUAAAGGGGAGGUUAGCAUUUGUCACCUUAGCAUACUGUGUUCUUAUGUCAAGGGGUGUCUGACAUGUAGUCAGUGUGCAAUAAGUAACCAAUUUUGCGUUGUUAAAUGUGGAGGCCUAUACGUUACAUGGUUUAGAAAUGUACCUCGAGAUGCUGUAGUUAAACAAUUUUGAUUGAUUAGUCAUUUCUGUCAGUUGCAAAAUCUCAAUGCCUACCUCAUGGUGAAAGUGUGGAGACAUCUUCCCAGCUUGCAAUAAUGUUGCCUCUGUCCAUGUUGACAAGAUGGACCGUCCAAUCUGCGUUACGUUCUACUUGGAAUCCAGGCUGCCUGUGGUGUCCGUGCAGAAGUGUGUCAGUGAAGACGGGAGGAUGGAAGAAAAAGAGUUUUCCUCACAGAUACUUGGGCCAGCCUAGUCCUUAUACUCACCCCCAUCUGGUCAAACAUGGUGAGGUGACCCCUGGUCUGACCCAGACGGAAUACGAGAUCCGUCGCCAGCGGCUAGCUUUGCUUGUGGAGGCUCAGUUGGACAGGUUGGGAGGCAGCUCUCCGCGCACCUCAAACGUGGUGAUCGUCCUCUCCCACCCCACCCGCUACAUGACCAACGACAUCCCCUACCCCUUCCACCAGAACCAGGACUUCCUCUACCUCACGGGCAUCUUGGAACCCGACAGCGCGCUGGUGUUGCAUGGCACUGGGCGGCCGGACAACGCCAUCCUGUUUGUGCCCCGCCGAGAUCCCGCCCGCGAGCUGUGGGACGGCCCGCGUUCUGGGAAGGACGGAGCGGCAGCACUGACUGGGGUGGAGAGGGUGCACAGCACAGAGGAGCUGAGCCUCGUGCUCAGGACCCUUAAAGGUGCCACGGUGUGGUACGACAGCACCCAGCCCUGCCACCCGCGGCUACACCAGUCCCACGUGCGGCCCCUGCUGGAGGGCGGGGCGGCGGUGCACCCCCUCAGGGCCCUCACGCACUCCCUCCGAGCGGUCAAGAGCCCCGCCGAGGUGGCUCUGAUGAAGCAGGCCGGCCACAUCGCUGCUCAGGCAUUCAAGAAAACCAUGGCUAUGUCUUCAGGGGACAUCGAUGAAGCUUUACUGUAUGCCAAGUUUGAUUUCGAAUGUCGGGCGCACGGUGCGAACUUCCUGGCGUACCCCCCAGUGGUGGCAGGUGGAAACCGAGCCAACACUCUGCACUACAUUAACAACAACCAGAUUGUUAAAGAUGGGGAGAUGGUGCUGCUGGAUGGAGGAUGUGAAUAUUUCGGUUACGUCAGUGACAUCACACGCACGUGGCCGGUAAAUGGAAGGUUCAGUCCAGCCCAGGGUGAGCUCUAUGAGGCGGUGCUGGAGGUCCAGAUGGCUUGUCUGUCACUCUGCACCCCAGGGGUCAGCCUGGACCACAUCUACAGCUCCAUGCUAGCACUUCUGGGACAACAGCUCAAGAGGCUGGGCAUUGUCAGCAGCGGCGCCAGCGAGGCGGAUAUGCUCAAGAUUGCACGACGCCUCUGUCCCCAUCACGUCGGCCACUACCUAGGCAUGGAUGUGCAUGACACGCCUGAGCUGUCACGCUCUCAGCCUCUUCAGCCUGGGAUGGCCAUCACUAUUGAGCCAGGACUUUACAUCUGUGAAGAUGAUGAAAACUGCCCAAAACAGUAUCGAGGACUUGGGGUGCGGAUAGAGGAUGAUGUCAUGAUCCAAGAGGAAGGGGUCCCUCUGAUCCUGUCUGCAGACACCCCAAAAACCAUUGCUGAUGUGGAAAAAACCUGCAAUCAAAAAGAUGGUUGAGCAGAUUGGGUGUUCAAAAAUUAUGAAUGCCAUGUCAGAGUGCUGACAGAUGCAGAGGAGUAUGUCAAAGCAUUGACAUACCUGAACCCUGGAAAAUUCAGAGUGCAUGGCAUCCGCCUAAAGCUUCACCUGAAAAAAAAACAAAACAAAACAAAUCUCAGUGUUCUGUUAUUUCACAAUAAACUGAUUUCAAGUAA